AUCUGCUGUAUAAAAACUAAAGCUUUAAGCAUUGUUCAUCUUCUCCGUCAUUUUGAAGUCCACUCUCCUUAACGCUCUAACCCUCUCAUCUUCUGCCAACUUCGAACCAUGUCGAGGAGAAAGGUUAGAGAGCCAAAGGAAGAUAAUCUGAACCUUGGACCUGCUGUACGAGAAGGAGAGCAUGUUUUUGGUGUUGCCCACAUAUUUGCUUCAUUUAAUGACACUUUCAUUCAUGUGACUGAUUUGUCUGGAAGAGAAACUAUGGUUCGUAUUACAGGAGGUAUGAAGGUGAAAGCUGACAGGGACGAAUCUUCACCUUAUGCGGCUAUGCUUGCAGCACAGGAUGUUUCCCAGAGAUGCAAGGAACUUGGAAUCACUGCCCUUCACAUCAAGUUACGUGCUACAGGAGGGAACAAAACCAAGACCCCUGGUCCAGGUGCUCAGUCUGCUCUCAGGGCUCUCGCUCGCUCUGGAAUGAAAAUUGGUCGUAUUGAGGAUGUGACUCCUAUUCCCACCGACAGCACCCGUAGAAAGGGUGGUAGAAGAGGAAGAAGGCUGUAAACUAGCACCUUCUAUUAUAGCAACCUAUCCUUCAGUUUUGGUGGUAGUGCUUCUGUUUACUUGGUAAUGGUUGUUCAUUGUGACUCUUUUUUGUAGUUUUAACCGACUUGGUAGCCCUGGGAUUUAUAUUUGAGUAGUACAAAUGAAUGGCUCUAAAUCUAUCCUGGCAUUUUUUUAUGUUCCAAUUACUUUUUAGUAUGAAUCUCCUGUUAUAAGGAGAGAUGCUUUAUGAAAGGAGUAUUAUCGUUGAUUAUCAA